CACUAUUAUCACAUAUCCUCUUGUCUUCUCCUUUCCUUCUCCUUUCCUGGACCCUCUCUGCACGUUACUGCUACCUUCUCUCUACCUGCUACCUCUCUAGAAGCUUCUGUGUCGCUAACAUUUGGUAUCAGAGGAGGAUUCCAUGGAGGCGGCGAUGCAGGGUAUUCUCGACGCGCUGGCGUGCACAGAGGCACGCUUGACCGAGGCGCUGGCUGGUCGCUGCGGCGAGCAGUCCGCAUGCGAGCGCAAUUCCUCCUUCGACGGAUUCGCGCCUCCUUCUUCCGUCGUCAACGCACAGUACCGCGACGAGCAGACCGCCACAGUGCUCGCGUUCCUGGGGUCCGACGAGAUGUCUUCGUCGACCACGCUCCUCGCCGGCUCGGUAUCCGACCGCUACAUCCCGCCGCUCUACGACGACGACCGCUACACCACGCCACAGCCGUUUGUCGAUACUCUCGCCAACCCCGACGACGACCUCCUCCAGGAGCUCGCGGCGUGCGAGAAGCGUCUCAUUGCUUGCAUCGAAGGUGUGCCUGCCAAGUGUUCGGUGAACUGCCAGAACGCCUUCGGCGGCUUCACAGCACCGGCUACGGAGCAUAUCAUCGUCGACAAAAUGUCCAGCACCAAGCCUAGCCUCACCACAUCCACGACCAUCUAUGGCGCUCCCGUCUUCGACCAAUACUGCGAUGCGGAUCUCGGUGACAACGCCAUGGAGCUCGUCGACAUCGAGCGCAUCGACCUCCUCAGCGGUACGCUGGCUGGCUGCUAUGGCGAGCAGUCCGCACGCGGACACACUCCUUCCUCCUUCAACGACGAUUUGGGUGCCUCGCUCGCCUCGGUCGCCAACAGCUCCAUCCAUGGCGGCCACGGAUCCGUGCUGCCCCACCUCACGCCCAUCUGCGCGGGCACUAGCAGGAUCUCUGUGCCCGAAGACCGGAGGCUGGACUGCGCCGAGGAUUUCGACACCAAUCACUUGGACAAGGGGUGCAUACUCUUCGGUGGCGUGCGCGCGUCCAGGGAGGAGGUAGCGCAGGCGCGAUGCGACAACACCAAGCUCGUCAUCAAGCAGGCCUUGGCUGAGGCCAGCACCGCCAAGGACUCGCUGGAGCUCACCGGUGGUGACAACACGCACUUCAACGGCGUGCAUCGCGGCCAACCGUUUGAGACGCUGAGCAACCCGUCCGCCGACCACCGCCUUCUCCACGCGAGCGUCGACAACGUGUGCCUCAAUGACGCUGUCGCCGACAGGGAGAGCGCGCUCCAGAAUCUCCGCCUGGAGUACGAGUGCGUCAGGGUCAGCGAGGUCACAGCACAGGGCCGCCUCAAGGAACUCAACAGCAUCCUCGCCGCCACAACGACGGCGACGGCGUGCAGCACACCCACGUCCACCAAGUGUUCGAUGCAAGUCCUCAACCACGACGCAUACUCAGUUCCCAACCUCCCCGUGGUCUGCAUCGUGGGCGGGUCCAACUUCCCCAACCUGCGGGGCUUCGAGGCGAUCUGCACCAGCACGGCACGGCCGCGGAGCUCCCGGCGCUCCACGAGCAGCUCCUCCAUCGCGCAACAGCAUCCGCAAGCUGGGGCGGUGGGGUCGUCCGAGUCGGAGCUUGCGGCGCCUUCCUCCGUCCCCGACGACUCUGUCGCGCUGAUCGCCUUCUCCGGCAGAUGCGACUACGCGCGCGCCAACGAGAUGACCAGCGCCCAGAUCGACGCCAUGGCACAGGACGAGACGGACGAGAUUGCCAAUGCCAACAUCGUGGAGCAGCUGACGGGCCUGGGCGUGGAGAAGGUGGUUGCUGCGUACAAAUUCAGGGACCCAAAGACCUCCGACCAGGAGAUGCUCGAGAGCAUCUGUGGCGUGCUCAUGCCCUUGAAGCUCCAAGCUAAGAUCGCCAAAGCCAAGUUCGAGGCGGCGUGCUCGGGCAAGAUCUCGUGCGCGGACAUCGUCGCUUUCACCGCCAGCGACGCGUCCUACUUCCUCAGCAACGACGGCAUCAACUUCAACCGUGCACUCAACUUAUUCAAGGAAAUGAAGGCAACCGGUGUGAAGCCAAACCUGGUCAUGUGCAAUACAAUGUUGUAUGUCAUGGGCCACGCAUUGCAACCUUGGGUGGUGAAGAGCAUCCACAGGGAGAUGAUUGACAAGCAGGUGCAGCACAGCAAGGUGACCUACUGUUGUCUCCUGCAUGCAUACACCAGGGCACACUACGAUGAGGAUGCCAUGGCUGUGUACCGGCUGAUGAAGGAUGAAGCAAUGGACGUGAUGCUCUACAACAUGCUUCUAUCCAGGUACGUCGACAUUGACUAUGUGGACGAGGCUGAGGAGAUCUUCGGAGACAUGAAGGCGUCCAUGGAUGAUCGUUCCAAGCCUGAUAAGUGGAGCUACUCAUCGAUGCUGAGGCAGUAUUCAUCAACUGCCAACAUCCUUGGUGUAGAGGGCAUACUGAAUGAAAUGGUGGAAGAACUGGGCAAGGUGCUCAGCUGCGUUGAGACGGACAAUCACCAGCUUGGUUCCAUGGUAAAGCCCCUGGUUCAUGACUUAGCAGGAAUUGCUCACAGUGGAGGAUUCAAGCAACCGUGGCCUCCACCUAUGGAGUUUGCGUGCUUGGACUGUGCAUGGUCUCCGGCAACUUGACGAUCAUGGUUCGCGGCUUGGGGGCAAGCCGCAUUUUAAGCGGUGGGGAAUGUUAGGAGUGGCUGCCUUGUGGGGCUAUUGUCAGGGGGCAAGUGGAUUUCUACAUCUAUAAAAGGACAGUUGUAUGGUUAAUAGGGAUAUCAAUUACCAAUUAUCAGAAUACAGACACUAUUAUCAC